CGCGGAGCAGCGCUCGAGGCAUGGCCAAGAAGCUGAUCCACGAGAAGACGUGCCGCCUGGAGCCUGACGUGCUGGCGAGCGUGCUCGCCGACGGCACGCCAGAGGGGUUCAGCUGCAUGGAAGGCUUCUCCGUCCCCACGUACACGUACUCCGUGCGCAAGUUCGGCGACCGCCCGAACAUGGAG